AUGGUUGAAACGCUUCAAAGUUAUCUUGCAACGUUUGACAGCCGGGACGACGACUUUGAUCAUAUGGAUGAAUACAUGCCUUACAGAAUUGGUAAUUGUGGCUACUGGAUCUCGUCGUAUUUCAUUCGAUGGGGUAUGGGAAUGACUCUUAGUGCUGCCGAUUAUGAGUCAAUCCGCCAGUAUGACACUGCCAUGGGAAACGUUCUUGGCUUAACAAACGACUAUUUCAGCUGGAACGUGGAAAAGGACCAGCCUACUGACCGCAUUAGGAACGCCGUGAGAGUAUUGAUGAAGCAAUACAAGGUGACAUGGAAGGCUGCUAAGGAUAUGCUACUUGGCAUGAUUAUUGAGGAAGAAGCGAGAGCGGCUAGGCUAAAAGAACGUCGUCUCAUGCAGCCUGUAUCAGAGGAAAUCGCAACGUACUUCGAGGCCAUUGAGCUAUAUGUUGGUGGAAGCUGCUACUGGCAUGCUACCGCACCUCGUUACCAGAGUCGGCAGACCGAUGACUCAAGCUCGUCAUCUAUGCAAGCGACUACUGCAACGUCGAUUCCGACACCUACGGUCAAUGUUGGCCCGCUCACGUCGAUUUCACAGGCGACCGAGUGUCUCGAUGCCGAGAUUGUUGCUAUAUCAGUAGAUCCUUCUUCCACCACCUCUGUGGAGAUGCAGCUUGGCUUUAAUGCGAGGGACAACUCUGGGAAUUAUUGCUUCCCGAGCGCUUAUAUGGAUGCCGUGGUGAAGAAUGAAAGCCCUAUUUUUUCUCCCGGCAGCGCAUGUCCGUCUGGCUACAAACCAAGAUGCACUCUGGUCGCCCCCGGUGUCACGCUUGCCGCGGCAACCAGCGUGCAAGUUUGGGAGUCCUUGGCCAACGGUGAUGUGGUAGUUGGGUGCUGUCCUAGGGACUAUGAUUGCGCAUACGGCCCCAACAGAUAUGCCUGCCUGUCGACUCUGGGGGAAAGCGAGACCAUCACUGCCGUCUACGCGAGAAAUGUAUCACGAACUGCACAAGUUACUGCUGGUUCGUACACAAAGGCCACCCUGCUUGCGCUUCAGUUGCUUUACGCUUCUGCAAAUACGGCCCGCUCGGACACCAACACGACAUCCGCUUUUGCACAAAGCAAUACACCCUCUGGCGACAAGCCAUCUUCUUCUUCUGCCGACGAGGGUACUACACUGAACCGGGGGCAAAUCGCAGCCAUCAUAGUGUCUACCCUUCUGGGCGUAGUCGCAUUGCUACUUUGCGGCAUCUUACUCUACAGGCGUCGCAUACGAAAGGUUGAGCAAGCACCUGAGAGAGGCGGAGACGCUUCUCAGACGGAACCCUGUGGCAAACCAGAGCUUGACGCAUCUACGAAUAUAGCCUGCGUCAACGAGAUGGACCCUACUCCGCGCUCUGAGCUUCCAGAAAGCGAAAGGGCCUUUGAGGCACGCACGCAGCAAAUCGCCGAGCUGGAAGGAGACUCUGGGGUUCGCCAUGAAUAUAUCACUGGAAAACCACCGGCCAUCAAUAGAAAACCAGUCGCGAGCAGUCCGCAGGCUAGCACAUCAGAUGCAACAACAAGCUGA